AUGCGUCUUCGUCGUUUUAUCCCUGAGCUUUUGCUCCUGGGCUCAACUACCCAAGCUCGACCUACGGAAGAGUGCCCCGAUGGUGUCUCUAUCGUCAAGGUCCAGCCUGAGGUUAUCGUUGGGCUUCAGCCUGUCAGUAUCAGUGCUGUGUUUCCUAGUAAUACGGUGCUUACUAUUGAUGGGACUACGAUUCCUAUCACUGGUGCUCCUACUACCUUGGUCACUGCGUUUACUAUCACGAAGACUUCAACUAGGUACAUCACUGGGAACGCGGAACCGUACUUUACUGGUCCCUAUACGACCAUCACUAGUAACGACCCCGGAUCGAACCCCACUACGAUCACCCGAGCCCCGUCUGGCAAUGAUCACACUGGAACCGUUAUCAUAGUCAACCCAUCGGGUGGCUCCGGUGGUUCCGGUGUUACACGUCCUGCCUUCACUGGCCCGUAUACGACUAUUACAAACAAUGGGCCUGCAGGAAGUCACCCAACCACUUUGACUCUUCCCCCUGGGGGCAAUGACCCCAGCGGAACUGUCAUCGUGGUUGUCCCCUCUGGUAGCCAAAGCAAGACUUUCACUGGUCCGUAUACGACUAUCACGGCUGAUGGACCGGGAUCUCAGGCUACUACUGUGACACUCCCUCCUUCUGGUACUGGUGGCACUGGAACUGUCAUUGUGAUUGAUCCAACAUCUCAUGGUUCCAAGCCCUCCUCCACUAACACAGGUAAGUCUCCGGCAACGACUCUCACUAUCCUACCAUCUGGCACGGAUGGCACUGGCACUGUUAUCGUUAUUGGACCUACAAACACAUCACCUGGAUCUGGACAUGCUUCCUCUGGUGUCCCCAACCCCAACUCUGCCACUUCGAAGGGUACCUUCACUGGUCCGUUCACCACCAUUACUGGUAUCAACACUGGUUCGGCUGGUACGACCGUGACACUCCCUCCCUCUGGCACAGGCUCUAUCGGCACUGUCAUUGUCCUCGAGCCUAGCACCAGUACUCAGAAGACCACCUUCACAGGCCCUUUCACUACUAUCACUGGAGUCAACACUGGUUCUACUGGAACUACAGUCACACUUCCCCCCUCAGGCACUGAUAGUGUCGGCACGGUCAUUGUCCUUGAGCCAAGCACAACUGCGCAGCGGACGACCUUCACAGGUUCCUUCACCACAAUCACAGGCGUCAAUUCCGGCACCGCCGCUUCAACUGUUACCCUUCCCCCUUCAGGUUCAGAUCCCACCGGCACUGUCAUCGUCCUCGAACCCAGUGGGACAUCGAAGCCAACUACCUUCACUGGUCCCUUCACAACCAUCACUGGAGUGAACACCGGCUCAUCAGGCACGACUGUUACUCUUCCUCCUUCUGGUACAGGCUCAGUAGGUACUGUCAUCGUCCUUGAGCCCAGCACAACUGGACCGCGAAGCACCUUCACUGGCCCCUUCACCACAAUCACCGGCGUCAACUCAGGAAGUCUAACUGCAACACUUACACUGGCCCCAUCUGGCUCUGACCCAACCGGCACGGUUGUCAUCCUCGAGCCUUCAGUUACUGCUCCUGCCUCUAGCUUCACAGGCCCUUUCACCACCAUCACCGGUAUCAACACCGGCACUGGUGUUGCGACUCUCACUUUGGCACCCUCUGGUACCGACUCAACUGGAACUGUUGUCAUUCUUGAGCCCUCUUCCACUAAGCCUUCAAGCACUUUCACUGGUCCCUUUACCACCAUCACAGGAGCCGGUCCCAUCCCGACCACCGUCACCCUUCCUCCCUCAGGUGGUGGCCCAAGCGGUACUGUUAUCGUGAUUGGUCCUCCUUCAAGCACAACCUUUACUGGUCCUUUCACUACCAUCACUGGUGUCAACACAGGUACUGGCGCCUCUACAGUGACACUCCCGCCUUCAGGCACCGACACGGUCGGUACUGUCAUUGUACUGGAACCAUCCACGACCAAGACCUUCACUGGUCCUUUUACAACAAUUACUGGCGUGAAUACUGGCACUGGUUCUUCUACAGUCACCCUCCCUCCUUCUGGUACCGAUACUAUCGGUACGGUGAUCGUCUUAGAGCCCUCGACAACCAAGACUUUCACAGGACCUUUCACUACCAUCACCGGCGUGAACACUGGGACUGCAACUGGUGCCUCAACUGUGACUCUUCCCCCCACUGGCACUGACUCGGUCGGUACUGUGAUUGUUCUCGAGCCCUCAACACGCACAACCUUCACGGGUCCUUUCACCACCAUCACUGGCGUCAACACUGGCAUUGGAUCUUCUACAGUUACUCUACCUCCUUCCGGUACUGAUACCAUUGGUACUGUGAUCGUACUUGAGCCUUCAACCAGCGCCAGUGCCACUGGGCCUUUCACCGGACCAUUCACCACUAUCACGGGUGUCAACACCGGAACUGCAACUGGUGCUUCUACCAUCACUCUGCCUCCCUCAGGCACCGACACUAUUGGCACGGUCAUCGUUUUGGAGCCUUCCACUCGUACAACCUUUACCGGUCCCUUCACAACGAUAACCGGCGUCAACACUGGCACAGCUACUGGCGCUUCCACGUUGACCCUCCCUCCUAGUGGUACGGAUACAGUCGGCACUGUCAUCAUCCUAGAGCCUUCUACUUCUGCAGUCCCAACAACCUUUACGGGCCCCUUCACUACCAUUACAGGCGUCAACACUGGAACAGCAACUGCCCCUUCAACUCUGACCCUGCCUCCUUCUGGCACGGAUACUAUCGGUACUGUUAUCGUCUUGGAGCCUUCAACUUCAGCUGCACCUACCACUUUCACCGGACCCUUCACGACCAUCACAGGCGUGAACACUGGUACAGCGACUGGAGCUCAGACCGUCACUCUGCCGCCUUCUGGUACAGAUACGAUCGGCACCGUGAUUGUCCUGGAGCCAUCUACUGCUGCUACCCCAACCACGUUCACAGGCCCAUUCACCACUAUCACUGGCGUGAAUACAGGCACAGCUACGGGAGCCCAGACCGUCACCUUGCCGCCCUCUGGAACUGACACUAUCGGCACCGUUAUUGUGUUGGAGCCCUCAACUUCAGCUCCCGCUUUCACUGGACCUUACACUACCAUCACUGGUGUCAACACGGGUACUGCGACGGGAGCCUCGACCAUCACACUCCCUCCAUCUGGAACAGACACCAUCGGUACAGUCAUUGUGUUGGAACCUUCAACAUCAGCACCUGCGUCAACAUUCACUGGUCCAUUCACCACUAUAACUGGUGUCAGCCCGGGUACCGCCACAGGAGCCUCAACAGUCACUCUCCCACCAUCAGGAACCGAUACCAUUGGAACCGUGAUUGUACUCGAGCCAUCAACAUCAGUCCCUGCUUCGUCGUUCACCGGUCCUUUCACCACGAUCACUGGUAUCAACACAGGUACAGGCACAGGGGUAUCCACCAUCACUCUGCCCCCAACAGGAACUGACACCAUCGGAACUGUCAUUGUUCUUGAACCUUCGACUUCAGCUCCUGCCUCGACAUUUACUGGGCCUUUCACUACUAUCACUGGCGUCAACACAGGUACCGCUACUGGUGCAUCUACCUUGACACUUCCCCCGUCAGGCACAGAUACCAUCGGCACUGUCAUUAUCCUCGAGCCCUCGACUUCAGCACCUGGUUCUACCUUCACUGGUCCCUACACCACCAUCACAGGUAGUGGGCCCAUUGAAACAAGUAUAACUCUGGCACCAUCUGGAACGGAUCCUAUCGGUACCGUGAUCGUGAUCGAGCCCACGCGUGUUUCGACAGUAUCCCCUGGAGCCACCGGAACUAGCGAUGGCUCAGGUGUUUCAUCAACCUCUGAUGGUUCUCAAGGUCAGUCAACGUCUUCCCCCGGAAGCUCCGACUCUGGCGCUUCAAGCACUUCCGAUUCCCCCUCCCAGCAAAGUUCAGAUGUUUCUUCUUCUCCAUCCUCUACCUCUGAUUCCUUCACCGAUGGCAACUCUGGCUCUGCGAGCAGCACUUCCUAUACUGGAGUGUCAUCGGGUGACUUGUCAGCUUCUGUUACUGGUAGCUCCGAGUCUGCCUUCAGUACCUCGGGUCCCGUAUCCCAGGAGAGUUCAAGUGCUUCCUCUGCGUCCUCAACUUCGGAUACCGAGACCAGCGGUGGCACCGUUGGUACUGAGUCUCCAAGCACUACCUUUACUGGCAACGAUGGAUCUUUGACCACUACUGCUGCUUCAGGAUCACCGCCAACCUCUGGGUCGCAGAGUCAAGAGACGUCUGGUGCUGGAGGCCCGGGUACCUCUGGUACGGUAUCCCAACAGAGCUCAGAAGCUUCCGGUUCCUCUACCAACGGCAACACUGGUAGCUCUGGUGGCACCGACACUGGCCUUGGCGAGUCUACUGGUUCUCCAUCGGGCACAGAGUCAACCUCUGGUGCUGGUAGUCAGUCAUCCUUUGCCACGGGAAGCUCUGAUGGAGCUUCAAGCACCUCCGGCGCCGCGUCACAACAGGGUUCUGAUACCUCAUCGGUCCCAGCUACAGAGACUGGCAACACCGCUGCCACUGGCUCCACGAGCACCACUUCUGUCACACAGGGUCAAUUUACCGGGCCUUUCACUACUAUGACAACUACUGGUCCGACUCCUGGGACAACUACGCUGCCUCUUCCGUCCGGCUGCCCGAUCCUCAUGCGUCGAGACGGACAAGAUAUGCGAUCACCUGACUGCACAGCCACAGUUAUUGUGACCUAUGGCCCAUCGUCGACGGAGAUUUCCUCUGGAGCUGUAUCCUCCGAGCCCGGUUCAGAGACGUCUUCGUUUGGAUCAGGUACUGCAUCUGAGACCAAUGGCAAUACUGGCGAUCCUGGUUCUGGAAGUACCAGUUCUGGUGGCUUUGAAGGAUCCUCCACUGAAGCUCCCUCAGCUUCAUCUUCCGGUGACUCUGGAAUAACUUCUACUGAGGUCCUUUCAGGAGCUUCCUCCUCUGUAACUGGUCAGAAGGCCACUUCAUCCGCAUCCGGUGCAUCUUCAGAUACCUUCACUGAUGGCAACACUGGCGGCUUCGAGUCUACUGGCACCUCUGACGGCUCUGGUGGAUCUUCAACACUUCCCACUAUUGCCACAUCUGGCACUGGCGCAGAGACAUCUUCAGACGGAUCAGGUGCUUCUUCAACUCUAGGGCCGGAGACUACUGGUAACACUGGUGUCUCUGAAUCCGGAAGCACUACAUCUGGUGGUUUUGAAGGAUCAUCUACUGGACUUCCUACUGGAGCUUCAUCCUCGCAGUCUGGCUCAGAGACAUCCCCAAUCGCAUCAGGGUCUUCUUCGGAUACUGCAACCAAUGCUAACACCGGUUCGCCAGGCUCUGCAAGCACCACUUCUGGUGGCUUUGAAGUCUCCUCCACUGGAGCUCCCUCAGCUUCGUCCUCUGGAUCAGGUUCAGAGUCUAGCGCGGCUCCAUCAGGUGCUUCCUCAGAUACCUCGACCGAUGGAAACACUGGCGGUAUUGAGACUGUAAGCAGUACCUCUGAUGCCUCUGACGGAUCUUCAACUGGAUCAGGAGCUCCCACUGGUGCUACCACCUCUGGCUUUGGUGCUGAGUCUUCCGGAGUCGAGACUUCUGGAGCUGGAUCGGGCACUUCUUCAGAUUCCCCAUCAGAGACUAGUAGUAUUAGUGGCGCUUCUAGCACUGCUGGACCUGGCGGUGAAAGUAGCACCUUAGCUGUCUCUGAGGGAUCCUCAACAGGAGUUCCUACUGGGCCUGCCUCAUCUGGCUCUGGCACUGAGACUUCUGGUAGUGAGACUUCUGGAGCUGCAUCAGGCACUUCUCCGGUAUCAGUUUCGGAGACAGAUGGCAACACUGGCGCUACCGGUAGUACUUCUGAUGCAUCUGCAACGGGAGCUCCUACCGGCGAGACAUCAUCGGGCUCUGGCGCUGGAACAUCUUCAGCGGCAACUGGUGGUUCCUCUGCUCCGCUUACGGAGACUGGCAACACUGAUACCGCGGGUACUGCAAGCAGCACCUCGGGUGCCUUUGAAGGAUCCACGACUGGAGUUCCCACUGGUCAAGCAUCAUCCGCCUCCGGUACCGAGACAUCUGGAGCCAAUUCAGGUGCUUCAUCUGCUUCACUCACAGAGACUGACACUGGUGCCCCUACCUCUACAAACACUGAUGGCUCUGAAGAAUCUUCAACUGGUAUCCCCUCUGCUGCUACAUCCUCUGAUGGCAGUGCUGAGACCUCCUCAGCAGGAUCGGGUGCUUCUUCAACCGCCGCUGGAGAGGAGUCAAGCACUGGUGCCUCAGCUACUACAGCUGGUACGUCCGAUGGCUCUGGAGGCUCUUCAACAGGAAUCCCUACUGGCGCUACUUCACCUGGUACUGGCUUGGAAACCUCGGGUGCUUCCUCGACAAUUGUCGAGGAAUCAAGCACCGGUGCCCCUGCCUUUACCACCACUGCCUCUAGCGAUUUUGAAGGAUCUUCAACAGGAGCCUCCUCUGGUGCUACAUCAUCUGACUCAGGUUCGGAGACCACCCCGGUGGAAUCAGCUGCUUCCUCUUCGGCUGAUGCUGGCGAGUCAGGCACUACCGGCGCCGUCGCUUCGACUACCAGUGUAUCUGAGGGAUCUGAAGGAUCUUCAACUGGAGUUCCCUCUGCAGCCUCUUCGUCAGACCUCAGCUCUGAGACUUCAUCCGCUGGACCUGAGGCCUCAUCUGGAGGCUCUGGUACCUCUGAGCCUACUGGUGCCACUUCAUCCUCUGGACCAGGUGCAUCUUCUUCGGCUUCAGCUUCAGAGACUGUCAGCACUGGAGUCCCUGUCUCUACCAGUGGUACCUCUAUCGACACAGAAGCUUCUUCUACUGGGCUUACAACUGAGGCGUCAUCUGGCUCUGGUGUAGAGACUGCUUCAACUGGAUCUGGUGCAGAGACUACUUCGACUGGGUCAGGAGCUUCAUCUGGCUCAGGCUCAGAUACAACCUCCACUGGCUCUGUCUCAGAGACUGCUUCAACUGGAUCCAGUGCAGAGGCAACCUCCACUGAACCCGGUGCAGAGUCGACUUCAACUGGAUCAGGAGCUUCAUCUAGUUCUGGCUCAGAGACUGCAUCUACUGGAUCCGGUGCCUCUACCGGAAUUGCCACUGAGGCUUCCACCGGUUCGGGCUCAGAGACCACGUCAGCUGAAGCUUCCACUGAGCCUUCAUCGUCCGACUCUGGUUCAGAGACCACCUCAACUGGAGUCGAGGCUUCAACUGGUGCUCCCACUGAACUCACUUCAUCUCAGUCAGGCCUAGAGACAUCCUCAACUGGAUUCGGAGCCACAUCUGCUAGCACCACUGGACCUACCUUCAUGACUUUCACCUCAUCAGGAUUUAUUACACAAAUCUCUAGUUCAUCUUCUUCUUCUGAAGAGAUCACUGACAUUUCAUCAGGCCCAGAUACCUCUAGUUCUCCUGCAACCGGCGCUUCCUCAACCUCUGACUCAGGUGCCGCUACUACCUCAUCGGGAGCUGGUACAGAGACUUCUAGUUCCGCCGAAGAGCCUUCAAACAAUUCUUCAGGAUCUGGUGGCUCUUCCACUUCCGGCACUCCUUCCGAGAGCUCCGCCAACCCAGGAGAGUCUUCUUCUGCUGCUGCUGGAGAGUCCUCUGGUAUCCCCGCUGAGACCUCCGGUCCCGGUUCUGAGACCACCGGUGUUUCAUCUUCUGACUCGGGUGCCGCCACUACAUCAUCAGGGCCUGAUGCUUCUUCUAGCUCUGGCGUUAACACAUCUGCUCCUCCCGCUGAGUCUUCGUCUGAUGCUGGUGAGUUUUCCGGUACCUCAGGCGUUGCCUCAAAGACCUCUUCUGGACCUGCUACCUCCGGCGCCCCUGAGACUUCCUCAGGUGCCGCCGCCAGCUCAGGCGCUUCCAGUGAUGCUUCCACUGCCCCCACAUCUGCAGCAUCCGAGCAGUCUUCUGCUACUUCAAAUGGCCCUGCCGAGACUUCCACUGGUGAUAGCGCCAACAGCUCUUCCGAUGCUGGUACCUCAUCAACCUCCGGCGCUGAAGCUACUACAUCGGCUGGUGCUGAGUCUUCGGCCACUUCCGAUGCCCCUGCCGAGACUUCCAGUGAGGCUGGUGUAAACACUUCAUCUGAUGACGGUGCCUCCUCCGGCGCUGCUACCUCUGACGUUCCCGAGACUUCCUCAGGUGCCUCGACCAGCGACUCUCCCGCCAGCUCUACUGCUGCGCCAACCGAUGGAUCCUCUGCUACAUCGGGUUCCCCUGUACAAACGUCCAGUGAUUCUGGCGCUGGUAGCUCUUCAGAUGCCGGUGCCUCGUCUACCUCUGAUGCUUCGCCAACUUCAUCAGCCGACACUGAGUCCUCAUCAGCCCCCGCUGGAGAGUCUUCAUCUACAGCUGAUGUACCUGCGGAGACCUCAAGCGACGCUGGCUCAUCUGCUGCUGCAACCUCCUCCGAUAUACCUGAGUCAUCUUCAUCCGGUUCUGGGCCCACCAGCACUUCCGAUGACUCUGGUGCCAGUGCCACUUCUUCUCCCGCAACGUCGGAUACCCCUGAGACUUCUUCUGAUGUCCCCGUCGAGACAUCCAGCGAUACUGGUGUUAGCAGCUCUUCAGACUCUGCACCUGCCACAUCUUCUGACGCAGCUGAGACUUCUUCAGCUGGUACCGAACCUACCAGCAGCUCCGAGGCUGUCGCUAGUACUACUUCUUCGCCCGUCGUGGAGUCGUCUUCACCAGCUACCUCGGAUGCCCCCGUUACCUCCUCCUCCUCCGUACCCGCUGAGACGUCUUCUGAUUCUCCUGCCGAGACUUCCAGUGAUGUUCCAGCCAGUUCCUCAGCGGCUGAGAGUUCAUCUGCCCCAGCCACGUCCUCCGAGCCCGCUGAGACAUCUUCUGCCGACACUGAUUCUACCAGUAGCGCAGCCGAUACGUCUUCAGCCCCUGUCGCGACAUCUGCUCCCGAGUCCUCCUCUGCUGCCCCCGAGACCAGCGUCGAGCCCACCUCAUCCGCCGCAGAGACUUCUUCUGCUGCUUCUUCCACCGCCCCUGAGACAUCUGCUCCCGAGUCCUCUUCAGCCGCACCAGAGACAAGCACCGAGCCCACCUCAUCCGCCGCAGAGACAUCUGCUGAGCCUGCUACGACCGAAGCCCCAACAUCCGCCAGCCCAACCACUUCUGAGCCCCAGACCUCCUCUGCAACCGAGUGUAUCCCUUCGCCAAACGUUUCAGGUUCCUGUGCCGUGGCUCUCCCCGCUGCCUGUGCAGAACUCGAGACUACCAACGGUCUAGCUCUCAUCCCUGUCCUCGCUCUCUGUACUACCGCCCUCGGCCCCUAUGCCAUUGGUAACGUUGCCUCCUGUCUCGCGACCACCCCCAUCGUUGGCUCUUCCGGUUUGAGUAUCUUCAACUGUGUCGUCGAUGCCUUGGAAGAGCGUUGUAUCACAACCCUUCCCGAUUCUUGUACAGAUCUGGCAAAUACCAAUGGUCUUGAGCUUGUUGCCGAUGUCGCCGUUUGUGCUGUUGCUCUCGGUCCCUUUGCCGCUGGAAGUGCCCUUACAUGUCUGUCCACCGGUGACAUCACUGGCUCUACAACAGGUACAAGCAUCGUUGAGUGUCUUGAGAUCGCUUUUGGUAUUUCAUCCGGCUCGAGUACCGUCACUGGCCUUCCAUACUGCGAUGAGCCUACGACUACUGCCACCCCAACGCCUACACCAACCCCUCAGCCGGCGUGCUUCACACUACCUGACGCUUGCCAGAGCAUUGGCAGUUUGACUGGUUCCGUCGCUAUCGCUUUAGCUGCUCCUGCUUGUAGAACAGCCCUCGGCGACUACAACACAGGUACCGUGGCAUCUUGCACUACCUCUGGUAUCGGCCUCUUCACCUCCGGCUCAGUGGUCGUUAACUGUCUUAACAAUGCCCUCUCUGGAACGUGUAUCUCGACACUCCCAGCGGCUUGUUCCAGCCUCGCUGGGCAGAAUGCCGUUCAACUUGCCUUGAACCUUGACGCUUGCAACAGUGCUCUUGGGCCGUUCGGAGAAGGAGACGCGGCUGAUUGCUUGAGCGUUCUUCAGGGUAGCGGCGACGCUGUUGUGAGCUGUCUUAACAAUGCACUUUUCUUUCCUACUACAGCUGAGGCGCUUUAA